CCAAAGGCAUGAACACUUGUAUAAAGCGAUCGAAUCUAAUCUUGUUCGCUCCGACGAUUAUGUCGACGACAGAUUAGCUAUGGAAAGGCUGCUUCUGGGUUCGCGCGUCAUACUGUGCACCCUCAGUAUGUUGUCCAAUAACAAAAUAUCCACUAUCACGCAAAUUGUGCCGGUACAAACAAUCAUCUUCGAUGAAGCAAGCCAGAUCGAAAUCGGUGACUAUUUACCUGCGAUACACCUAUUUGGGUCUUCGUUGCGGAAGAUGGUCUUCAUCGGAGACGACAAACAACUGGCACCUUAUGGUCACAGUGACAUUCCACAGUUGGAGAGUGUAUUCGAAAAGCAACACCUUCGUCCGAAAAUACAUUUUCUUGAUACGCAGUAUCGCAUGCCUAAACCAAUCGGAGAUUUCAUUUCCGAACAUGUCUAUAACAAAAAACUCAAAACUAACCAUAGUAUACUCUUGAAGACUUGCUGCCGCUUUGUCAACGUCCUCGGUGGACAGGAAGAGCAAAGAUGUAAAAGUUGGAUUAACGAAAAGGAAAUUCAAGCUGUGGUCAAGAUUGCGAAGAUACUGCAGGCGCGCCGCAAAUCAUUCAGGAUGAUAACACCCUACGAUGCUCAGAGGUCUGCCAUCGAAAAGGCACUAAAGGAUGCUAAGUUACCUUGGGAGGAUAAAUGCUUCAAUGUAGACUCCUUUCAGGGUACGUCGUGCACUGUUAUUACUCUCAAACGAAGCUCACAUAUGGCAGGAAAUGAGGAUGACUAUAUCAUUGUUUCUAUCGUACGGUCUAAGAAGCUUGGUUUUCUCGUAAAUGAACGCCGUGUCAAUGUUAUGCUGACUCGAUGCAGGAAGGGGAUGAUCAUAUGCUCUAGCCGCGCAUUCUUAGAUGGGAUUGCCUCAGAGUCUUUGAUCGGGGGAUUAGCAGCACGAAUGGGCAGGAGAUCGUGGGUUGAAUAUGAGCAGGUGCUGAACGGUAAUUUUCCUAUGAUUUAGAGCAUUUAGAGCACUAUAUUCAUGUCGCCCGUAAUUCUUCUGAUGUACCUACUGAUA